AUGAAUAGCAAUGAUGCUGAUGCAGAGACCGAGAAAUAUGAGGCUUUCAUGACACGGCUGGGCACCUUCGACAUGGAUCUGUUUGCGGAGACGGUCUACAAGCGCGUCAAGGACGUUGAGCACCUUGCCCGGAAACUUCAGCGAGAUGCGCGCGCGUAUAGGGAGAAGGCGCAUACCCUUCAGCGGGACUCACAUGAGAAGAUUGCCUUUAAACACUUCAAAGAGGGCGACCUCGCUUUGUUCCUGCCCACCCGAAACCAGACGGCUGGCGCAUGGGCUGCUUUCAACGUUGGCUUUCCUCAUUACUUUUUGCGGGAGACUGAUGCCCAUCGUCUGCGAUCCCGCGAGUGGCUCGUGGCUCGCAUUACAAGGGUACAGGAGCGCGUCGUGGAUCUCUCAAAGAGCAUGCACAAACAACUUCCUGAUACCGACUCAGUCAAUGGCGAAGAGGAUGAUAACCCCUUCCAGCUUUCCGAUGGCCUGCGGUGGUACCUGAUUGACGCGCACGAGGACAAGCCCGGCGCGCCAGCCACGCCUGGCCUGGGCAAGUCCACGAUCGCGACGAACAAUGUCGAGGCAAUGGCGGACAUGCACACACAUGCGCAGACGAAUGGCAAGGACAAGCAGCGCGCCAACACCCAUAGCAUCGAAGGUGUCAGCAAGGCGCUCAGCAAGAGCCUCGAAAGCCGCCGGAGCAGCUCCAACUCGAAACGGGCUCUUCCCUUUGCUGUAGGCGGCGGUGGUGCGGCACUUCUCAAGGGUAACGCGUUGGGCAGCGAGACAAAUUCUCUUCGCGCAGUCGCACCGGACACGCCGACCGAGACCAGCCAUCCCGAGGAUGGACAGUUGGGACCAUCGACGAACGGACACGAGCAGUCGGGACAGGUAGGGCAGGCAUCGAGCCCGCUUGCGGAAGAGGGUCAGCCCGAUAGACCCAGGUCGCCUGAGGUACGAAAUAUGAUCGAUUCUCUCGUUGGCCCUUAG